GCUCGCGCCUGCGCGGGCAGGGCAGUGCCGAGAGGAUGGGACAGUGCGCCUGCGGGGAGGACUCUAGAGAGCCGGCUGUGGGCAGUGCGCCUGCGCAGAGGAAAGCUGGGCGGGGGAGAAGGGGGUUGGGUAUGGCUAGUGCGCCUGCGUAGGAGGCGGAGACGCCGGAAGCGGCUGUGAGAGCUGAGGAGGGCCGGGGGCUCAGUCUUGGCAACGGGGCCGUGGUCUGGGCUGCGGCCGGAGACACCCCCCCCGCCUCUGAGCCCAGCCCCCCCCGGAGCCCCGCCAUGAGCUGCCGGCAGCCGCUGCCGAGCGAGCGGGGAGCGCGACAGAGGAAGAGGAGACGGAAUGGCAGUGAAGAAGAUGGCCACAUCCCACAGACAAAGCGUAGUACCAGAAAUGCUGUCCUUCAGGACUCUUGGGAUACUGAGAAGGUGCCUGUAACGAAAAACUGUAAGGAAAGCAGACUAAAAGAAAACAAAGUGUCCUGUGCGUCCUCCAGCAGUGAUAGCAGCAGCAGUUGCAGUAGCAUCAACAGCCCUGACAGAGGAAGUGGUCCAGAAACCAGCUUAAACCAGAUAAUUGCAGCAUCCAGUCCUAUCACCCCCCCAUCCUUCCAUGAGCAGUCUGCACUAAGUCAAGGUCCUUACUUCCACAUCAACCAGAUCCUGAAGGAGGCACACUUUCACAGCUUACAGAACCGUGGACGCCCGCCUACAUGAUGAACCAGCAGUUCCUUGCCUUCUGUGAAGGGACAGCACUGUGUAGAUUUGAUAUUUCAACUUAAAGUUUGUUAAAAUGAAAUUGCACAAAACGCCUGUUGCCUUUUCAGUCUAUAUUUGAAAUAACAGGUUAACAGGAAAUUGUUUACUUGUGGUUUGCUGCACUAUUGCAAUGCAAAAGGGGCUUUGAAGCAAUUUUUAUAGGAUUAUUUUUUGGGGUUGGUAUCAAAUACAUGUACGAUGAGUCUGAGGAACCCACAUCUGUAUUAUAGGCGUGCAUAAUGAGUCCAAUUCCAAUUGACUGCCUAAUCUGUUUGUUAGCAACUGUUGCUUUAUGUAAAGUCCUUUCAAACGUCCAUCUUCAGUUUUAUAAAUCUUUUUUAAUUUCAAUAAACUAGUGAACAAGU